AUGACCGAGCGGCGGUGCCCCGUGCAGACCAGCGCCGUCUACCUCGUCGGCUCCGCGCCGGCCUUCCCCUCCAUCCCUCCGCCAUCCCCUCCCUCUCCCGUCACCCCCGAGGCAAGCGGCCUGUGCUCCCCGAUAGAGGAGCUCUCACUCGACAGCAAUAAUCAUCAGCAGCAGCAACCAACAUCCGCGCCCGCAUCACCGGUCCUCACCCCCUCAGAAACAACCACAGAGUCCAGCUCGGAGCUCGACGUCCGGCUCGCCACAGCCGUGCACGUCCUGCACACCGAGGCCACGGCCCUGCGCAACCUCGCCGCGCUCUACGCCACCGACCCGCCAGCCCGCGACGCCCUGAGCCGCGCCGUCGAGCUCGUGGCCGCCGCCUCGGCCGCGGGCGGCAAGCUCGUGCUCGUCGGCGUCGGCAAGUCAGGCCACAUCGCCCGCAAGCUGGCCGCGACCUUCAACAGCCUCGAGCUGCGCGCCUCCUUCCUUCACCCGACCGAGGCGCUGCACGGUGACCUCGGCCACGUCGGCGCGCGCGACGUCCUGCUCAUGAUCACCUACUCGGGCCGCACGCCGGAGCUGCUCGCCCUGCUGCCGCACCUCGACCGCCUGGCCCUGCCGCUGCUGCUGCUGACCUCCUCGCCCGACGCCGAGAUCGCCCGCCGCCAGCCCGACGCCGUCGUCCUGCCGGCGCCCGUGCACGAGCCCGAGGCGCGCUCGUUCGGCCUCGCGGCGCCGACGACGAGCACCACCGCCGCGCUGGCCGUCGGCGACGCGCUGGCCAUGGCCGCCAGCAGGGAGGUGCACGACGCCCGCGUCGCGCACGUCUUUGCGCGGAACCACCCGGGCGGCGCUAUCGGCGCCGCCAUCGCGCAGAAGAAGCACAGCACGGCGGUGGGCGAGCUGAGCGUCCCGUGGGCCGACGUCCCGCUGCUGAAUGCCGGGCGCGCGGCGACGGGCGCCGAGGCCCUGCGCGUGGCGGUCGGUGGCUGCACCGCCGGCGGGUGCUGGGCGCGGUGCCCUGACGGGGCUGUGCUUGUGCCUGGUCGGUUGCGGAGGCUGGGUGCUGCGGAGCUGGCGGUCGAGGUCGGUGCCAUCGAGGGUCUUGUCGUGUCGCGCGGGACGGCGACGGCGGUGAGGGUGGAUGAGGUGGUUGGCGAUGUCGUGCGGCGGUUGGCGAGGCGGGAAGAACAAGACGACGACGAUGAGGAUGGCAAGGUCGGCGAAGUGCUCCUCGUUGUGGAUGAGUACGGGAGAGAAACGGUUGGUGUUCUGGAGAUGGCGACGCUGCUUCAACAUCAUGAGGGGCAGAGUGACUGA